AUGUCAUUGAACCCAAUUAAAAAGUUUGAACACGCCAACAGCAUCUCCAUCAACGUCUACACCAUUGAAGAAAAGAAGAUUCUGCCGAUACGGCUCGCCACACAGAAGAUGGAGAGACACGUCAAUUUGCUGUAUUUAGAAGGAGCAAACGGUGUGGGACAUUUCGCGUGGAUCAAAAACUUAUCGCGCCUCAUGAGCUCACAAUUGAGUAAAAAUAAUCAUCGAAAAUACUUUUGCGAUAGAUGCUUGCACUACUUUAGUUCGAGUUAAAAGCUGGAAGCUCACACCGUAGAUUGCGAGAAGAUGAGUGAUUGCGCAAUCGUAUUACCAGAUGAUGACAGCAAGUGGCUCAGCUUCGAGUGACUUCCAUUUGUGAUGUACGGCGACCUCGAGUGCAUUCUAGAGAAAACUGAUCGAGGAGCGCCAAGAUACACGUAUCAGCAUCAUAAAGUAUUUAGUAUUGCAUAUUAUGUUCAAUGCGCGUACGAUUCGUCCUUGUCAGUAUACCGAUGUCGUCGUGAUGCGAACUGUGUUUCCUGGUUCGUCGAAGAAUUAAAGAAUUUGGCACAUUUUGUUAAAUCAAUUUUAUCAAAUAACAUACAAAUGGAUGAUUUAACGAGUGAACAGCAGGAGACAUUUCGCAACACGACGCACUGUCACAUUUGCGAAAAACCGUUUGGAGAAAACGAUACGAGGGUGCGCGAUCAUUGCCAUCUAACCGGUCGGUACAGAGGUCCCGCACAUUCCAAUU